AAAGGGGGAAGUUCCUCAGAUGGAUUAAAAGGGGAAAAAGAAUUAUAGAGAUGCCACUGCAAAUCUCUCUUCGAUCCCUAUACACUCAAUCCCACAAACUAAACCCCACCCUAUCCCUUCCCUUCCUCCCUUACCUCCGCCGCACAAUGACCACUUCCGGCGACAUCGUCAGCCCCUCAACCACUCGCGUCGGCUGGAUCGGCACCGGCGUUAUGGGCUGCUCCAUGUGCUCUCACAUCAUCAAAGCCGGCUUCAAACUCACCGUCUUUAAUCGCACAAUCUCGAAAGCCCAACCCCUUCUCGAUUUAGGCGCCAAUUUGGCCUCUUCCCCUCUCGCCGUCGCCGCCCAAUCCGACGUCGUUUUCUCCAUUGUCGGUUACCCCUCCGACGUCCGCUCCGUCCUCCUCGACCCCACCUCCGGCGCCCUAGCCGGCCUCCGCCCCGGCGGCGUCCUCGUAGAUAUGACCACUUCCGAACCCUCACUCGCUUCUGAAAUCGCCGCGGCCGCUGCCGCCAAGGGCUGCAAGGCAGUUGACGCUCCGGUUUCGGGCGGCGAUCGCGGCGCAAAGAACGCUUCUCUGGCGAUCUUUGCCGGCGGUAACGAAGGCGAAGUCCAGCGAUUGAACCCAUUAUUCUCCUUGUUGGGGAAAGUGAAUUACAUGGGGGAGAGUGGGAAAGGGCAAUUUGCGAAGCUGGCGAAUCAGAUCACCAUAGCUUCAACAAUGGUGGGGCUAGUGGAAGGGAUGAUUUACGCUCACAAAGCAGGGCUUGAUGUGAGUUUGUUCUUGAACGCCAUAUCCACAGGGGCAGCAGGAUCAAAAUCGCUGGAUUUGUAUGGGAGUAGGAUUUUGCAGAGGGAUUUUGAACCUGGGUUUUUCGUGAACCAUUUCGUGAAGGAUUUAGGAAUUUGCUUGAAGGAAUGUCAGAAUAUGGGGCUCGCCCUUCCUGGAUUGGCAUUGGCUCAGCAGCUUUAUGUGUCGCUCAAGGCUCAUGGGGAGGGGAAUUUGGGCACUCAGGCCCUGAUUUUGUCCUUGGAACGGCUGAAUAAUGUUUCACUUCAAUCCGCCGCCGGCGGUGGCAGCGGCAGCGGUUCUUCUUAAAGACGCCGCCGAUUAGGUACACAAAGGCCACUGAUCCUCGAGUGAUUAAUGAUUCUGUUUAUGAAUUUGGUUAUACCAUUUGAUAAAUGUGGUCUUUUUCACUCUAUACAUUGGCCUAAUGUGACAAUGGCGCAAAUAAAGAUUUGUUAUCCUUUUUAUAUCAA